GAGUGAGAAGGAUCGAGUAUCGAAUAUAAAUGGCUACCACUCUCUGUUCUAAAGCUACGUCAAUCAUUCCAUCCUCUGUGUUACGACGCCGUUUGCCCCUGGUCGGUGCGUUCUGCGUGUUGAGCUUGGGCUUCUCCAAUCUCUGUUCUUCCAUUUCGUACUCUGCCUUCAAAACGGGUUGUGCACAGUCUCUCCCCUUCGUCCCUCUCUUACGAUCGAAGUUCGGAAGCCGAGCAUCUGAGAAGAGAUUUAAUACCAUCAGAAUGGAAGCGAGUAGCAACACUGUACCGAGCAUCGUUGUUUACGUCACUGUUCCUAACAAAGAAGCAGGAAAGAAGUUGGCUGAAAGUAUAGUUAAGGAGAAACUUGCAGCAUGCGUAAAUCGAGUGCCAGGUAUUGAAUCCGUGUAUGAGUGGAAGGGAGAGAUCCAGACAGAUUCUGAGGAACUGCUCAUAAUCAAGACAAGGCAAUCCCUUUUGGAAGCUUUAACUGAGCAUGUCAAGGGAAAUCAUGAAUACGAGGUACCUGAAGUAAUAGCUUUGCCGAUCACUGGAGGCAAUAUCCAGUACCUGGAGUGGCUUAAAAACAGCACGAGGGACUGACUGCUUCAGUUUAGGACGAGAAUCAAGUAGGGUUUACUUUGAUGGCAGGCAACAACUGUUCAGGUGUAUCCAUAUGGUUCUCUCUAUCUCGUGGAGGCAGCAUGUAGAAAUUGAAAACUUUAUCCCAAAAUAUGACUCUUUUAUGUAUUUAUUUUCACACUUUUUUUGGAGUCUGGGUGUAGCUUGUAAGUCGUACCAUUGUGGUUGUGCAUAUUUGCUUCUCCGUUCUGAUACACUAUUAUCAUAUCAUGAUUCUCAUCCCUUGUGGUUGUGCCUGC